UUUGUCAGUGAAUCAGCUGAUCGACUUGUUUUACUGUAUAGUAAUCAGCUGAUAAUAAUCAUUAUGAGAGACUUGACAAAUGAAGAUUUAAGUAUACCUCCAUGUAAAUAUGAAUAUUUGGAUCAUACGGCUGAUGUCCAACUUCACGCAUGGGGUGAAACGCUGCAGGAGGCAUUCGAGCAAUGUGGGAUGGCUAUGUUUGGCUACAUGACAGAACUUGAAACAGUUCAGAUAGAUCAAUCAUAUGACAUUGCAGCAGAAGGUGGCGAUUUACUGGGUUUGUUGUAUCAUUUCCUAGAUGAAUUAUUAUUCAUGUUUUCCGUAGAGCCUUUUCUUGUCGCCAAGAAAAUUAAAAUAUUGGAAUUCGACCAAGAAAAUUUUAAAAUAACUGCAAAGGCAUAUGGUGAAGCGUUUCAACUGGGAAAACAUCCCCAGGGUACUGAAGUUAAGGCAAUAACAUAUUCAGCAAUGCAGAUUUAUACUCCUCCAAAAACAGAGCGACCUGAGGUCUUUGUAAUUAUUGAUAUUUAG